AUGGAUGAUUUCACUUCGUUUGGUGAUGAUUUCUUGAAAAUUUUGGAGCUCGUACUUGAACGCUGCAAAGCGACUCACCUGGUUCUUAACUGGGAGAAGUGCCACUUCAUGGUGAAAAAGGGAAUUGUCCUGUGCCACAAAUUGACUGCACAUGGCAUUGAAGUUGAUAGAGCCAAGGUUGAUGUUCAUCAAAAACUUUUCCAGCAUUACCAAGCCGUUAAUUUCAUUGCUUGCAAAGGAUUUCAAAGCCAGCCAUUUGAGAUAAUGUGUGAUGCUAGUGAUGUAGUUGUGGGGGCAGUUCUGGGGCAAAGAAAUGAUAAGAUGUUUAGGCCCAUCUACUAUACAAGCUUGAUGUUGAAUGAUUCUCUUAAAUUAAUUGAAAUAAGGGAAGAGUUCCCUGAUGAGAAGAUUUUCUCCAUUGUUGCGGUCUCCGAAAGGUCGUCUUGGUAUGCUAAUGUAGCCAAUUUUUUGGCUAGUGGAUGGUUACCUCGUGACCUCUUUUGUGAUCAAAGAAGGAAGUUUCAAGGAGAGAUGACAAGCAUUCUGUCCCCUUGCCAUGAAGAGCAACUGGAGGACACUAUAGUGGAAACCGUACUGCAACAAAGGAGCAAUGAUGCUCGAGUGGUGUGUGAGUUCCUACGGAAGAACAUCUUUACCCGUUUUGGGACACCUCAAGUGAUUAUCAGUGAUAAUGGGUCGCACUUUGUGAACAAGCAGUUUGUUGCACUGCUGUCUAAGUAUGAGGCCACACACAAAAUAGGAACCCCGUACCAUGCCCAAACUAGUGGGCAAGUUGAAGUGGCUAACCGUGAGCUUAAACGAAUUCCUGAAAAAAUGAUUAGUGCUUCUCGCACGGAUUGGUCUGUAAAGAUGGAUGAAGCUCUAUGGGCGUAUAGAACUGCAUUCAAAACAACCAUAGGGACUUCACCGUUCAAAUUAGUUUAUAGGAAAUCAUGUCACCUACCUGUUGAGAUAGAACAUAAAGCUUAUUGGGCAAUGAAGUUGCUUAAUCUUGAUCUUAGUCUUACAGAUGAACACAAGUUAUUACAGAUGAACGAAUUGGAGGAGUUUAAACUGAACGCGUAUGAAAAUGCGCAAUUUUUAAAGGAAAAAAAUAAAGAGGUGGCAUGA